AUGUCUAUUUCCCGACACUUCGACCAUUUGAUGAGAAGAGCUUUCCAAGUUGCUGUAUCAAUAUUUAAACUCACUCUUUCUUCGUAUGUCUUAUUGUCACACUUAUCGAUUUCCCCGUUCUCUCUCUUUCUUCCUCUCUAUCACUUUCACACCUUAUAUUUACACUUUCACUUCUUCGCUCUCUCUCUUUCUCCCCCCCCCCUUUACUGUUUUGAUCAAUAUUUCUUGUUACUCUCAUUCUCACUUUUCUCACUCAUACUUACAUUUUUUCUCUUCUUUUCACAGGAUCAAACUAUUUCUCUCUCAUGCCUUUUCGAGUGUCCUAUAAUCUCUCUCUCUCUCUCUCUCUCUCUCUCUCUCUCUCACUCUCAUGUCUCACUGAACAUCCUAAACUAUUUAUCGCUCUCUCUUGCCUUUUCGAGUAUCCUAAAACCUCUCUCAUACAUUUUCGAGUGUCCUAAAUGUCUAUCUGUAUAUUGCAUGUCCCUUCGUGCAUUACUUCUCUUCCUUCAUCUGUUUGUUUCAUUUCCUUCUUCUUUGUUGAUGUUUUCUUCUCUCUUUGCUGUGUUACUGUCUUCUCACCACCUCUUUUCGUCACACUUUUUCUCUCUUUCUCAUAUAUUCCUUCUUUCUUUCUCAACUUUUUAUUUACAUCACUUUUCUGCAUUCUUUCUUUCUUUCUUUUUUCUUUCUUUCUUUCUUUCUUUCUUUCUUUCCUCCAUAUUCCCCAUUUCCCGUUUCUUUCUUAUCUCUAGGUUUUCCGUCACUUUUUCAUUACUCUCUACUUCAUCUUUUUAUUUACAUCAACUUCCUUCCUUCCUUCCAUAUCUUUCUUUCUUUCUUUUUUUCUUUCAUUCUCGACUCUACUCUUUUUCCCUCUCUUCUAUGUCUUUCUUCUUUCUCUCUUUUCUUUUAUUAUAUCUCUUUUCUAAUUUUCAUCUAAUUCUUCAUUUUCCUCUUUCCCGCUUCUUUAUCCCAGUCUCUUUCUCUUUCUUUGCUCUUCUCUUGUUUCCUUGUCUUUUUUCUUCACUUUUUUCUUCCUAUUUUUCUUACUUGGAUUUUUUAUUUCUUUCUUUUUUAAAAAUGUACCCAUUGAUCUUCCUUUUUAACCUUUACACUUUUUCUCUUUUCGUCACUUGUGUGACUUUCUCUUUUUUUCUUUCCUUUCUCUCACUUCUCUCAACUUCUUUCUCUUUAUUUUCUUCUUUUUACUUUCCAAUAUUCUUCUUCCUUCGUCAUCAUCAUCAUUUCUGA